AUGGGGACAGUGUUAAGAAGUGGGUCCAGGGUCCAGCUGUGGGUGCCCUGUCUGCUCCUGGCAUUCCCUGCUUCAGCCACUGGGCCUGAGGUCACACAGCCUGCAGUGGACACCCCCCUGGGCCGCGUGCGAGGCCGGCAGGUGGCCAUGAGGGGCACAGACCACCUGGUGAAUGUCUUCCUGGGCCUCCCGUUCGCGCAGGCACCUCUGGGGCCUGGCCGAUUCUCAGCCGCGCGCCCAGCGCAGUCCUGGGAGGCUGUGGGGGAUACCAGCAAUGCCCCUGCGAUGUGUCUGCAGGAUCUGGAGAGAAUGGACAACAGCAGAUCUGUGUUGAAUGGAAAGCCUGUUUCAGAGGACUGCCUGAUCCUCAACAGCUACAGCCCCGCUAAGGCCCCUGCAGGGGCCAGGCGGCCGGUCAUGCUGUGGAUCCAUGGAGGCACUCUGGUGGCGGGUGCUGCCACCUGCCAAGACGGGUCAGCCCUCGCUGCCUACGGAGAUGUGGUAGUGGUCACCGUCCAGUACCGCCUGGGGUUCCUUGGCUUCCUCAGCACUGGGGAUGAGCAUGCGCCUGGCAACUGGGGCUUCCUAGAUGCGGUGGCUGCUUUGAACUGCGUGCAGGGGAACAUCUCCCCCUUUGGAGGUGACCUCAACUCUGUCACCAUCUUAGGUGCUUCGGCUGGCACCUGCAUCGUCUCUGCCCUGGUCCUGUCCCCGCUGGCUGCAGGGCUCUUCUACAGGGCCAUAGCUCAGAGUGGGAUCGUCACCAUGCCAACGUUAAUGGAUCCUAACCCGAGGGUCCUGGCUCUGAGCUUCGCAGACUCCCUGGGCUGCAGCUCUGCCUCUUCGGCUGAGAUGUUUCAGUGCCUUCGGCAGACGGCAAAGAGCAGAUCCUUAACAUGAAGUUGGUAUAACACUACGGCUUCCUACACUGUUGAUGGCACCUUCUUUCCCAAGAGCCCCAUGGAACUCUUGAGGGACAGGCACUUCCACUCUGUGCCCUUCCUCGUGGGUGUCCACAGUCACGAGUUUGGCUGGCUCAUCCCCAGGCCAGUCCUCUGCCACCCCAACAUCAUCACCGCAACCUAUGAGCUGACGCUUCCAUUUGAUAGGUGA